UUUAAAUGGAAACCCAAGGACGUCGCUCCGCAAUUCACAUUCUGGGCCCAAUGGAGUCGCUGCGAUCAGCUGUGCCACACAUCUUGUGAUAAACAAGUAAUGAACGCUAAAAAGACGUAAUUAAACAAUGGAAGGUAUGCUGUAUAAGUGGACCAAUUACAUCAGCGGCUGGCAGCCUCGCUGGUUUGUUCUUGACGGAGGAACUUUGUCCUACUACGAUUCUCAAGAAGAUGCGUGGAAAGGCUGCAAGGGCAGCAUUAAGAUUUCAGUUUGUGAAAUCCAAGUUCAUUCCUCCGACUCCACACGUCUUGACCUGAUCAUACCAGGAGAGCAGUACUUUUACCUGAGAGCCAUCAACGCAGCGGAGAGGCAGAAAUGGCUGGUGGCUCUGGGCACAGCCAAAGCCUGCCUCACUGACAACAGAACCAAGAGGGAAAAAGAGCUUCAGGAGAACACGGAGGCAUUAAAAACAAAGAUGUCAGAGCUUAGAUUGUACUGUGACCUUCUUCUGCAACAAGUCAACAAAAUCAAGGAGAAUGAUGAGCUGGGAGAAACAGUGGAGACUGGUAUAGACACUGGAACCAUGGUGAAGUCGACAUGCACCACAUUCCUUAAAACUCUGGAGGAGUGCAUGCAGAUAGCAAACCGUACUUUUACUACAGAUUUAGGAACGCACAGUCCGCCAGGAACUCCUCCAGUCGCGGCGAUUAAACCCCAGAAGAUUAAACAUGCCAAUCAUUUAAAUCUAAACCUUGGAGAAAAGUGGAAAGAUUUGACCGAAGCCUCAGGAGAAAUUAGUACACAUGGCAACCAGAGCCUCGACUCCAGAGCCGAAGGACCAGAUGAGCCAGACAGAGGAGAUCAUCAUCCUCCCCCAUCAGACUUUGAGUCAUCAGUCAUUCAUAGCAAGCAAGUCCUCCCUGCUGCACACAUUACCCAGAAGGCCGCUGAGAUUGAACACUACAACCAACCAGCAGGAGGAGAUACUGAGAAAACAUGCGAUCAAGAGAAACAUGAUCAAGAACUGUGCAAAGGGGACCAAAGCGAAAAGCAUGACGGCAAAAGAGGAGAAAAGAGCGGCGUCGCGCUCGAGUGCCAGCAGGAAACCAUUUUUGACCAAGAAGAGAACCAAGAUCAAUUCAAGACCCCGAGCGAUUCGUCGGAGUCGGACACAGAGCAGGUGGACACUUUCUUCAACACAAUGAGUCACAGAUUUAGUGAUAUGAGACUGGAUGACGACAAUGGUAUUCCUUCACAAGAGUUUUUGGAUUCAUGCUAUGCAAUAGUGCCUGUAUUAGACAAACUGGGCUCCACCGUUUUUGCACCAGUUAAAAUGGAUUUUGUUGGAAACAUCAAGAAAAUUCAGCAGAAGCUGAUGUCUGACCCUGACAGCUUCCCCACCUUGCAGUCUAUUGUUUUGCACGAAGUGCAGACGAGCGUUGCCCAGGUUCGUAACUCUGCGACCGAGGCUCUGCUGUGGCUCAGACGAGGCCUCAAGUUCCUCAAGGAGUUUCUGUCGGAGAUCAAUGCAGGAGAAAAAGACAUCCAGGCAGCACUGAACAAUGCUUAUGGGAAAACUCUAAGGCAGUACCAUGGCUGGGUGGUGCGAGGUGUUUUUGCUCUGGCUCUACGAGCCGCCCCGACCUAUCAGAGUUUCACCGCCGCCUUGGUGUCGAGAGAGGGGGAUGAGCAGAGGAGCGACUUUACCAGCAGCAUGCACAGGGAUCUGGAAGUGUACCUCCCGGCCAUGGAGAAGCAGCUGACCAUUCUGGAUGAACUUUAUGAAGAAUACAGCCUGGAGUCUGAUGAGGUGGUGUGAAACCUGAAGGACAGAGUAUCAGACGUCCAGGGGCAACGGAGCCUCGCUGAUGUUCACAGCAGCGACGGACUGCUGAAAGGAAGGUUGCAAGACUGUGCUGUUAGCAUGCGUCAUGGCGACCGGGGGUCAUUCGGUGGUUUGUGAAGUUCACCGCAGGACAGUUUGAAGAGAUUAUUUAAGCCAACAAAGGGCUUUUACAAGCAAAAAGUAACAACUGAAGAAAUUGAUACUCCUGGUCUGUUUUAAGACACCAGUGACACUGAAAAAAAGGUUUUCAGUUAUACAGACUCCAGCCAUAUUUGUACAAGGUGCCAUUUGUUCCUGAUUUUUAUUUUUCUAUUUUUGUGUUGUGGCAUUUUACCAUUAGCCGGAUUUUAAGGUGUAUAACUCCACUGUAUUUAUUUUUCAAAAACGUCCCUGGAAGCUGUCUGUUACUACCCUUCAAUGUCAUAAAAGUUUUAUGUGGCUUCAUGAAAUGAAGACAUGCCAAGUAAUAGCACAAAGCACUUAUGGCAAAAUAAACAGUCGUAGUGUCACAGCACCCAUUAUAUGUCUCCAGUAUUUGAUAGUGCUUUACAGAACUGACUCAAUUGCAUCAUGCUAUCUUUUUUUUUUCUCUGUUUCUUACACUGGCUGUGAACAUAUUUUGUGUAAUUUUACUAAUUAAAUUAUUUCCCUAAAACAACAAUUUUAUUAUGCAUUAGUUUUAUUUUACAUCUCAUUUUGAGCCACAGUGUUAAGAGUUUAAAGGGACCAAACAGGAGAAGCAUAAGCCUCUGCUGCCUAUUCAGUGACGUAACACAAGUAUGAAAUGUUAGUGAAUGUUGGUAAACUUCUGUUUAUGCUGAAACAAGCCUACGCAUUCAGUGCAUUUGAAAUAUUUAUGGUGUAAUAAAUCCAAUUUGACAUGUCUCUGAAUUGUGUACAUUCUCUGGAUGAAUAUUGGAUCCGUGGUGCAUGUUUAAUGAGGGCAUGUUUGAUAUAUUAAAGCAACACCGGUGCCAUAUUGGACUGAAGACGAGCCAAAUGCUUGGAUUUUGUCAAAUAAAUUAAGACAGUUACUAAAGUGACCGUGUUUUUUUUUUUUUGGCUUUGUGUCUACUGAAAUUUAUCAGUAAUUAAAUUUUUCUUUUCUCUCUCA